AGCAAAAAAACGAUGGCAGCUGGGCUGGCUGAAAUUUCUCAAACCAAAGCAUUUUGAGGAGAAGUUGACAGUUUUGCUCUCCUCGCGCUCGCUGGCAUUUAAAUGGAAAUUUUCACCUCGCUUUAAAGAAGUCACGUUUCUCACAAGACCGUUGGUUUCUCUCCCGUACCAGGCAGGCGCGGCCCUGACGAGGCUGAAGGAGCACAGGCCGGCCUGCCCGGCCGCUCCCCGGGGGCAGCCCGGUGCCCCGAGGCUGGUUUCCACAGAGAAUCCCCUCAGCGGAGCGGAGAGUACCCGGAGCCGCCCGUCCCGCCCGCGGGAUGAGCGGGGCGCAGCCGGUGCCACGUGCGCCCCGCCGCUGAUGCGAGAGCCGCCGCGCCAAUGCCAGCCCCGCGCCGCCCGGCCAGCCCCCGCCGCCCCCCGGGCCCGCCCCGCCGCCGCCGCCGCCGCCGCCGCCGCGAUGGCUCUGACCUUGUUCGAUACUGAUGAAUACAGACCACCUGUUUGGAAAUCUUACUUGUAUCAGUUGCAACAAGAAGCUCCCCAUCCUAGAAGGAUAACCUGCACUCGUGAGGUAGAGAACAGACCCAAAUAUUAUGGAAGAGAAUUCCAUGGGAUGAUCUCAAGGGAGGAAGCUGACCAAUUAUUAAGUGUUGCAGAGGGAAGCUAUCUCAUUCGUGAAAGCCAGCGGCAACCUGGAACCUACACUUUGGCAUUAAGAUUUGGAAGUCAAACCAGAAACUUCAGACUCUACUACGAUGGAAAGCACUUUGUUGGGGAGAAACGUUUUGAGUCCAUCCAUGACCUGGUGACAGAUGGAUUGAUUACUCUUUAUAUUGAAACGAAGGCAGCUGAAUACAUUGCCAAGAUGACAAUAAAUCCAAUUUAUGAACACAUAGGAUAUACAACUUUAAACAGAGAGCCAGCACACAAAAAACAUAUGCCAACCCUGAGAGAUGAACAUGAUGGCAAAGAGUCUACAGGAGAGGAUGAGGUAGCAGAAAAGAGGAUUACAUGGUGUUAUGUCAGACUCAUCAACAAGUUGACAUCACUUGUCAGAAGAGCAACUCUGAAAGAAAAUGAACAUAUUCCAAAAUACGAGAAGAUUCAUAACUUCAAGGUGCACACGUUCAGGGGCCCGCACUGGUGUGAAUACUGCGCCAACUUUAUGUGGGGCCUCAUUGCUCAGGGAGUAAAAUGUGCAGAUUGUGGUUUAAAUGUGCACAAGCAAUGUUCCAAGAUGGUCCCAAAUGACUGCAAGCCAGACCUGAAGCAUGUCAAAAAAGUGUACAGCUGUGACCUUACAACGCUAGUAAAAGCACACUUCACUAAGAGACCAAUGGUAGUAGACAUGUGCAUUAGGGAAAUUGAAUCUAGAGGUCUUAAUUCCGAAGGACUAUACAGAGUCUCAGGAUUUAGUGAUCUUAUCGAAGAUGUCAAAAUGGCAUUUGACAGAGAUGGGGAAAAAGCUGAUAUUUCUGUGAAUAUGUAUGAAGAUAUCAAUAUUAUCACUGGUGCACUUAAACUGUACUUCAGGGAUUUGCCAAUUCCACUCAUCACAUAUGAUGCCUACCCAAAGUUUAUAGAGUCUGCAAAAACCACCGAUCCGGAUGAACAGCUGGAAAUUCUCCAUGAGGCGCUGAAACUGCUGCCACCUGCACACUGUGAAACAUUACGGUAUCUCAUGGCACAUCUGAAGAGAGUAACGCUCCAUGAAAAGGAAAAUCUGAUGAGUGCAGAGAAUCUGGGCAUAGUUUUUGGACCAACCCUUAUGAGAGCGCCAGAACUGGAUGCGAUGGCUGCAUUGAAUGACAUCCGUUAUCAGAGACUUGUGGUGGAGAUGCUUAUAAAAAAUGAAGACAUUUUAUUUUGAAUAUUUUGGGGGUUUUGUAAUAAAAAAGGAAGCAACAGUGUUCUAUGGAUGAAGGAAUAUUUUAAAGUAAUUUAAUGGCUCUUGUCGCUGAAUUCCAUAUUUGCUAGAGCUUUCGAUGUAUUCAGGAUAAAAAUGAAGGAACUCUCUGUCGUUUCUGUAGUGCCAUUCAGCUGAUGUUGAAAAAGGUUAACACAUACUUUCCAGUACUAGUGAUCCUGGGUGUUUAUCAUGUUAAAAUAAAAAACAAAAAGCCUAAAGCUAUUGCAUGAUCUGCUCCCUGUUCUCCCUGUUCUGGUGAGACUCAUUCCAUGAAGAAAACAACUGAACUGGUGCAGCAUCUUUGUUCUGGAUAGUUUGUGAUUGUAAUUCAGCAUGUUUCUCCGUGUAAACCUGUUGUGAAUUUGCUUUUAUGUUCUAUGUAAUUGGUUUCUGAUACUAAAAAGAAGGCCGACUUAUAUGAAAUGGAGCCUCUGGCAGUUUAUUGACAUUUCAUAUCAUUCUCUGCCACUUUUGGGGCUGAUUUCUUCUUGGGUUUCUUUCAGUUUUUUCAUCAUAUAGUAAUUUGUUUUUAACAGAAACAAAAUGUGUGCUUUAAAUGUUACUUUAAGUAAUUCUUCAUGAUGUUUAUGGUGGUUGCAGUGAAAUCUGCAAUGCUGAGCAGUGUUCCUUUAUUAUUAUUGCUAUUUCAAUUGUAAUUUUGUAUUUUUAUCUGGCAUGCAUAUAUUAAUUUAUUAAAUUUUGCUUUUAGAACUCUAA